AUGGUGCCUCUCUUCUCCCCAAUAUCUACAAUAGUUACUUUGUUUCUUCGUUUCGGAUCUGCAUUUCCUCUUUUUAAGAAGCGUCCGUUAUUUCUUUCUUUCUUUCUUUCUUUCUUUCUUUCUUUCUAUCUAUCUGUCUCGCUCUAUUUUCUCCCUCCCCUCUCUCUCUCUUUCUCUCUUUUGCAGUAUAUUUUCUUUGUCGCAGGCUAUUUCUCCAUCACACUGUCGCAGGAUAUCUAUCGCAAUCUUCCUCUUGUUAUCUGUUGGAAACUACUUCUCUGUAGAUAUAUAUCUACCACAGUCUAUUUCUGCUUGUCUCUCUAUCCCCGUUUCUAUCUAUCUAUCUAUCUAUCUAUCUAUCUAUCUAUCUAUCUAUCUAUCUAUCUAAUUAAAGUUUCUCUCUCCCUUUCUCUCACUCGGUUUCUCUCUAUCUCUUGCAGUAUAUUUUUCUCGCUGUCUAUUUAUCGCAGGCUAUUUCUCUUUCUGUUUUUCUCUCUAUCUAUUGCAAUCUAUUUUUCUCUAGAUCUAUAUCUAUCGCAGCCUAUUUUUCUUUCUCUCUUUCUAUAUCUAUCUAUCUAUCUAUCUAUCUAUCUAUCUAUCUAUCUAUCUAUCUAUCUCAAUCAGAUCCCACCUAUCUAUCAGUUUACUUCUCUGAUGCAAUCACUUUUGGUGUUUGCUGUUCAUAAGUACUUCCUCGAUUUAAGUACUGACCACGAAGCAUAA